AGCUUUUUAACAAUUUCUUUAAAAGGUUAUGCUAAGUUUGCAACAAAGAGCACAGAAACGUGCUAGUUACCUCUUACGCCUUGAAGAAAUUAGUCCUUGGUUGGCUGCCACGAUGAACACUGAAAUAGCACUCCCUGGAGAAGUGUCCGCUAGAGACACAGUCACGAUUCAAAGCGUGGGGAGCACUAUCACAAUUCUGCCUACUAAAACCAAACCCAAGAAACUCCUUUUCCUGGGUUCAGAUGGGAAGAACUACCCAUAUCUUUUCAAAGGUUUAGAAGAUUUACAUCUGGAUGAGAGAAUCAUGCAGUUUUUAUCAAUCGUGAACACCAUGUUUGCUACAAUUAAUCGUCAAGAGACACCACGGUUUCAUGCUAGGCACUAUUCCGUGACACCGCUGGGAACGAGAUCUGGCCUAAUUCAAUGGGUGGAUGGAGCCACUCCUUUAUUUGGCCUUUACAAGCGGUGGCAGCAGCGAGAAGCUGCUUUACAAGCACAAAAGGCUCAGGAUUCUUACCAGACCCCUCAAAAUCCUGGAAUAGUACCUAGACCCAGUGAACUUUACUACAGUAAAAUUGGACCUGCUUUGAAGGCAGUUGGGCUUAGUCUAGAUGUAUCUCGUCGUGACUGGCCUUUGAACGUAAUGAAGGCUGUUCUAGAGGAGCUUAUGGAGGCAACUCCACCAAAUCUUCUAGCUAAAGAACUUUGGUCAUCAUGUGCUACACCUGAUGAGUGGUGGAGAGUUACGCAGUCAUAUGCGAGAUCCACUGCAGUUAUGUCCAUGGUUGGCUAUAUAAUUGGUCUUGGAGACAGACAUCUGGAUAAUGUUCUUAUCGACAUGACUACAGGAGAAGUUGUACAUAUAGAUUACAAUGUUUGUUUUGAAAAAGGAAAAAGCCUUAGAGUACCAGAAAAAGUUCCGUUCCGGAUGACGCACAAUAUUGAAACAGCACUUGGAGUAACUGGAGUAGAAGGGGUUUUCAGGCUUUCUUGUGAACAGGUUCUACAUAUUAUGCGACGUGGGAGAGAGACUUUGCUUACGUUGCUUGAGGCUUUUGUUUAUGAUCCUCUUGUGGACUGGACAGCAGGAGGGGAAGCAGGAUUUGCUGGGGCUGUGUAUGGUGGUGGUGGCCAGCAGGCUGAAAACAAACAGAGCAAAAGAGAGAUGGAAAGAGACAUCACUCGUAGCCUCUUUUCUUCAAGAGUAGCUGAGAUAAAGGUAAACUGGUUUAAGAACAGAGAUGAAAUGCUGGUUGUGCUUCCUAAGCUGGACAGCAGUUUAGAAGAGUAUCUAAGCUUGCAAGAACAGUUGACGGACAUUGAAAAAUUGCAAGGCAAAUUACUAGAAGAGAUAGAAUUUCUAGAAGGAGCAGAAGGAGUAGAUCAUCCAUCUCAUACAUUGCAGCACAGGUAUUCUGAACACACCCAGCUGCAAUCGCAGCAAAGAGCUGUUCAGGAAGCAAUCCAAGUGAAACUGAAUGAAUUUGAGCAGUGGAUAACACAUUACCAAGCUGCUUUUAAUAAUUUAGAGGCAACACAACUUGCAAGUCUUCUUCAAGAAAUUAGCACCCAAAUGGACCUUGGUCCCCCAAGUUAUGUACCAGCAACAGCCUUUCUGCAGAAUGCUGGCCAGGCACAUUUGAUCAGUCAGUGUGAACAGCUAGAGGGAGAGGUUGGUGCUCUUCUUCAGCAGAGGCGGUCUGUUUUACGUGGCUGUCUUGAACAGUUGCAUAACUAUGCAACAGUAGCUCUUCAGUAUCCCAAAGCUGUGUUUCAGAAACACCGAAUUGAGCAGUGGAAGACGUGGAUGGAAGAACUCAUCUGUAACAUGACAAUAGAACGUUGUCAGGAUCUCUAUGGGAAGUAUGAAAUGCAGUAUGCUCCUCAGCCACCUCCAACUGUAUGUCAAUUCAUAACUGCUACAGAAAUGACUCUUCAAAGAUACGCAGCAGAUAUAAACAGCAGACUAAUCAGGCAGGUGGAACGUUUGAAACAAGAAGCAGUCACUGUGCCAGUUUGUGAGGAACAGUUGAAAGAAAUUGAACGUUGCAUUAAGGUUUUCCUUCAUGAAAAUGGAGAGGAGGGGUCAUUGAGCCUAGCAAAUGUUGUUAUAUCUGCUCUUUGCACCCUUACAAGACGUAAUCUAAUGAUGGAAGGUGCCGCAUCUAGUGCUGGAGAGCAACUGGUUGAUUUGACUUCAAGGGAUGGAGCCUGGUUCUUGGAGGAGCUGUGUAGCAUGAGUGGGAAUGUUACAUGCCUCGUGCAGUUAUUGAAGCAAUGUCAUCUGGUCCCACAGGACUUGGACAUUCCAAACCCAAUUGAAGCAUCAGAAGCAGUUCACUUAGCUAAUGGAGUUUACAUCUCACUUCAGGAAUUGAACUCAAACUUCAGGCAGAUCAUUUUUCCAGAAGCUCUUAGGUGUUUAAUGAAAGGAGAGUACACUUUAGAAAGUAUGCUUCAUGAACUGGACAAUCUUAUUGAACAAACAACUGAUGGAGUCCCUUUGCAAACGCUGGUUGAAUCUCUUCAAGCCUAUUUAAGAAAUGCAGCUAUGGGGCUAGAAGAAGAAACACAUACUCAUUACAUUGAUGUUGCAAGAAUGCUUCAUGCUCAGUAUGGUGAAUUAAUUCAGCCAAGAAAUGGUUCCGUUGAUGAAACUCCAAAAAUGUCAGCUGGCCAGAUGCUUUUGGUUGCAUUUGAUGGAAUGUUUGCCCAAGUAGAAACUGCAUUUGGCUUGUUAAUUGAAAAGCUAAACAAGAUGGAAGUACCUGUUGCAUGGCGUAAGAUUGAUAUAAUCAGAGAAGCCCGGAGCACUCAAGUUAAUUUCUUUGAUGAUGAUGAUAAUCGACAAGUUCUAGAGGAGAUUUUCUUUCUAAAGAGACUACAGACAAUCAAAGAAUUUUUCAGACUCUGUGGUACAUUUUCUAAAACUUUGUCAGGAUCAAGUUCACUUGAAGAUCAGAACACAGUAAAUGGACCUGUGCAAAUUGUCAAUGUGAAAGCCCUUUAUAGAAAUUCUUGUUUUAGUGAAGACCAAAUGGCCAAACCUAUAAAGGCAUUUACAGCAGAUUUUGUGAGACAGCUUUUAAUUGGCCUUCCAAAUCAAGCCUUGGGGCUUACUUUGUGCAGUUUCAUCAGUGCUCUGGGUGUGGAUAUCAUUGCUCAAGUAGAGGCUAAGGACUUUGGAGCAGAAAGCAAAGUUUCUGUGGAUGACUUGUGUAAGAAAGCUGUAGAACACAAUAUCCAAAUUGGCAAGUUCUCACAGCUGGUCAUGAACAGGGCAACAGUAUUGGCCAGUUCAUAUGACACAGCAUGGAAGAAACAUGAUUUAGUGCGCAGACUUGAAACCAGUAUUUCUUCUUGCAAGACUAGCCUUCAGAGGGUGCAGUUGCAUAUUGCCAUGUUCCAGUGGCAGCAUGAAGAUCUCCUUAUCAGUCGCCCACAAGCCAUGUCCAUUACUCCUCCACCCCGUUCUGCAAUUUUAGCCAGCAUGAAAAAGAAACUUCAUAUGCUCAGCCAGAUCGAAGCUUCAAUUGGAACAGUUCAGGAGAAGCUAGCAGCACUUGAAGCCAGCAUUGAGCAGCGUUUGAAAUGGGCAGGAGGUGCCAAUCCUGCAUUGGCCCCAGUCCUACAAGAUUUUGAUGCUACUAUUGCUGAAAGAAGAAACCUUGUCCUUAAAGAAAGUCAAAGAGCAAGUCAGGUUACAUUCCUCUGCAGUAACAUAAUUCAUUUUGAAAGUUUACGCACUAGAACAGCAGAAGCCUUGAGUCUUGAUACUGCGUUAUUUGAACUUAUCAAACGUUGUCAACAAAUGUGUUCAUUUGCGUCACAGUUUAACAGUUCAGUCUCUGACCUGGAGCUACGUUUACUUCAGAGAGUGGGCACCAAUCUUGAACAUCCUAUUGGUAGCUCUGAAUGGCUUCUCUUAGCUCACAAACAACUAACCCAGGACAUGUCUACACAAAGGGCAGUGCAAACAGAGAAAGAACAACAGAUAGAAACAGUUUGUGAAACAAUUCAGAAUCUGGUUGAUAGUAUUAAAACUGUGCUCACUGGUCACAACAGACAACUUGGAGACGUCAAACAUCUGCUGAAAGCCAUGGCAAAGGAUGAAGAAGCCGCUCUUGCAGAUGGUGAAGAUGUUCCCUAUGAGAAUAGUGUUAGGCAGUUCUUGGGUGAAUAUAAAUCAUGGCAAGACAAUAUUCAGACAGUUUUGUUUACAUUAGUUCAAGCUAUGGGUCAGGUCCGCAAUCAGGAGCAUGUUGAAAUGCUGCAGGAAAUAACUCCCACCCUGAAAGAACUCAAAACACAGAGUCAAAGUGUCUACAAUAAUCUAGUGAGUUUUGCAUCACCCUUAGUCACGGAUACAUCAAACGAAUGUUCAAGCCCAACAUCAACUGCUACAUAUCAGCCAACCUUUGCUGCAGCAGUGCGUAGCAAUACAGGACAGAAGACCCAGCCAGAGGUCAUGUCGCAGAAUGCAAGAAAGCCAAUUCAGAAAAAUCUUGCUACGUCAGCAGAUACGCCUCCAAGCACAGUUCCAGGAACUGGCAAAGGUGUCGCCUGUAGUCCUAAAAAGGCCGUCAGGGACCCUAAAACAGGAAAGGCUGUGCAAGAAAGGAAUUCAUAUGCAGUUAGUGUGUGGAAGCGAGUCAAAGCCAAGUUAGAGGGCCGAGAUGUGGAUCCCAACAGGAGAAUGUCUGUUGCUGAACAGGUUGACUUUGUGAUUAAGGAAGCAACUAAUCUAGAUAACUUGGCUCAGCUGUAUGAAGGUUGGACAGCCUGGGUAUGAAUAGGAAGAAGGCAGAUCAGUCUGGUUCAGCAAGGUCAGACAUCCACCAGAAUCAACUCGGCCUCAGGCAUCCAUAGCUGCACCACAGUCGGUGGUGAUGCAUACUGGGGCUUAAUCUGAGGAAACCUAGGAAAUCUCGGUGCACUGGGAAGUGAAUCCUGCAGGAUAGCUGCACUCAGGGAUAUGCUAAACACAAUGGUCUGCAACCCCCCAGGGUCAAGGGUGAAAGCUCACCGCCUGAACAACACGGUUGUCUUUCUGCUACAGAAGAACUGCAAACGUGUCAGGGGGUUAGCUGCAGAAAAGAAAUCGGAAUGCUACAAACCGCAGAGUGAUUGGAACUCAAUUCCAUCUGACCCUGUGAACAAUUCAGGAAACAUCAAACCCUGUUCAAAGAAAAACAGGAAAAUGGGUCCGUGAAGAAAUCACAGCAAAGGGAGAUUUGAUGCAUUUAGAUUCUUGUUACUCUUGUUGGUUGGCAACAGUGCUGGUUGAGUUGACCAGUUAGUAUAAAAAAGGCUACAAGAUAUGAACUUCAGAAAUGGACUGAAAGCAAAUAGCUGUAUCAGAUACACACUACAUUGGAAGAACUUCUGAGAUAGAAGAAAAAGCCUUUGUGUCCCCGUUUUUUUCCCCCCUUGUCCCAUCCCCUUGGCUUAUUCUAGUAGUUUAGGUGUACUUCCAAUAUACUUUUUAUUUCAAUCCUUGUAUUUCACAGUUUAGUCAAAUUGACAAAAAUUUUUGUUUGGUAAACAGGAAAAUUUCUAAACGCACUGAAAAUAUUGAACAUUCAUUAAUUAUUUCUGAGUUGGCUGAUCAAAUGCAAAAUGUAAUUUUGGUUACUUUAAAAUCAUUUCUGUGAUUUUUUAUCAUGUACAGUUUCUCAAGAUUGUCACUGUGCAUUUAAAAGGUAAUGACUCUAGCAGGCAUUUGAUUUAAUGUGCACUUCUCUCUGCUUGCAGUGUACACUUUUUUGUAAUUCAGAAUUGUCCCUCAAAUCUCAUUCUACUGUGAUUGCUGUAGUUUCUUUGGUAAAAUGUAGCUAAUCCAAUGUAAUCUUUACCUUUUUUUAAAACCAGGAUAGAGUAUCUAGUAGAGUUUUACAUUGUUGAUGACAGAUAAACAAACAAUAAAGUGAUAUUCUGGUGGAGGUAGAGUGAUAUGCUUUUUAAUUCACAUUCUUAAUUCUUUAAUUUACACUUGUAAAUUAUUGUGCUUCAGUUUACUGGGGUUUUCAGGACCUAUACAUAUAAUAUUAAAAUGAAGAACUAUCCAAUUUUUGUUCAACUCAUUUGAAAAGAUUUGUGCAAAGUAAUUUUUGCUUUGGCAUAUGACUUCAGUAGAUAGAUGUUCAAUAAUGCAUUGAUAAUUAAUUUCUUACCAUCAAGAUUUUCUUAAAUUCAGCUCUGCACUCAAAGUGUGGUUACGUUCAGAAAAGUUUCUGUAAAAAUGGCAUCUACUUAACAGAUCUACUUUCAGUUCAUACUGUGCCAUAUCUGCCUAUUGACUAAAAUAUUUUUCCACUGUUUUAUUCUUUAGACUAUAUGGACUGUGCCAUACUAUGGAAGAGAUAAGCUGGUUCUUUUUGUGGCUCAUGCAUUUAGCACAAUUCUGUUCCAAUUACAGAAUCUAUUACUAGUGGUGAUGUCCAAGACAGAAGGCACAUUGCUGGAACUCUCUGAUCCCAGAUGAAUUUGCGGGACUGGUGUAAAAAUCAUUUCUCUAUUUGUAAACUUAGCAAAUUUGGUAUAAAGACCAUUGAAAGAUGAUAAACUUGGAAUUCCAUUUUAGCCACUUUUCAGAGUAAAAACACACUUUAAAUACUGAGCUACCCAAAAUGAUUUUUUUAAAUCAAAACUUAAUCAUAAUUAAAUAUCUUGGGCCAAGUUCACCACUUGCAUGAGCUGACACAAUUUUCAUUUAUGUUAAGAGAGUUGCACUUGCUUAUGUGAGUGGAGAGCUUGGCCUGUAGCUAGAGUAGUGAUUAUCAAAUAACACAAAUUAACAACAGGCAUACGUAACAGAAGAACAUACAUUAUUUUACAUAUUUACUAUGUGUUACCUCUUAUGCCUUCUCAGUAGGUCCUAGGCAGAUCUGCGUUCACUCUCCUUUUGCCAGCCUUUCAUGGACAUACUCUUUAGUGUUAGAUAUUCCAACAAAACUAUGGCCUUUUUUGCAUUCUGAUUGCCUGACUAGGUGAAGGGAAAUCACAGGCUAUAUGUUUAUUCAUACUUAUGACAAAUGCAUUCCAAUAUCAAUGCUUUCGAAACCCUCUGCCAUGACAUGUAUUGCAAGAAAGUGUUUGAAUGUUGAAAGCAAAGAAAAUUCUUAUGCCUAACAAGACACUCUCACUGCUAGUCCAUUUUACUUUUUCUUCACUUUCAAAUAACCUUACAAACAAUCUGUAUUGGAGCACCAUAGUAAUAAGACUGUAUUAUACAUGCUGUUUUAUUUCUUGGAAGCGGGGGGAGGGGAGGGUUAACGCAUUCACCUGUGGCUCAUGUAUUAUACCUCUGCUAUCCAGAAAUGAAACGCUUGUGUGGAGAUGGGUUCUUUACUGCCUAACUGAAUAAAGUUUAAAAAGAAACUCA